AACGUUACACUUUACAAAAAACCACUUAGGGAAAAGAAAAAAAAACACAAAAUUACACAACAAUAUUUUUUCCUCAGAAAUUAAUUGAUCAAUGGAUUCUAUUGUUUCUGAGCUUGAAGGGGUUCUUUUGAAAGACCCUAAUCCCUUUUGUUAUUUCAUGUUAAUGGCUUUCGAGGCAUCGGGUGUAGUUCGAUUUGCUCUGUUACUAAUGUUAUGGCCAAUAAUUCGAUUGCUCGAGUUUUUAGGGAGAGAUGAUUACGGAUUAAAACUUACUAUUUUCGUAGCAACAAUAGGGGUAAGAAUAUCCGAAAUUGAAUCGGUGUCUAGAGCUGUUUUACCUAAGUUUUAUUUUGAUGAUAUUAAUAUGGAGGCAUGGAGGAUAUUUAGUAUGUGUGAUAAAAAAGUUGUGGUGACUAAAAUUCCAAGGAUUAUGGUGGAGAGAUUUGUGAAAGUGCAUUUAAGAUGUGAUGAAGUUGUUGGUAGUGAACUUGUUAGUAAAUAUGGAUUUGCUACUGGAUUUAUUAAGGAUGAUUUUGACAAGGUUUAUGAUGGGAUUGUUGCAUUAUUUGGGGAUGAACAACCAAGUUUUGGUCUUGGUAGGCCAAAAUCUACUUCUUCCUUCCUUUCUUUGUGCAAGGAACAAUUACAAUCACCAUUCUUGAGAAGCAAAAGUCAAGACCAACAACAAGAAGUUAUUAUCAAUCCAUUGCCAGUAAUUUUCCAUGAUGGUCGACUUGUUAUUCGACCAACACCAUUUUCAGCUCUAAUAAUCCUUUUAUGGAUUCCCCUAGGCAUUAUUAUAGCUACAAUUAGAAUCCUCACUGGCUUAAUAUUUCCUAUAUGGACAAUUCCCUAUUUAACACCUUUAUUUGGUGGCAAAGUACUCAUAGUCAAAGGAAAUCCUCCACCAUCACCGGCUACCACCACUAACUCAGGCGUAUUAUUCGUCUGCACUCAUCGUACCCUUAUGGACCCUGUUGUCUUAUCAAUCGUACUCCAACGUAAAAUUCCAGCCGUAACCUACUCAGUCUCCCGACUGACCGAAAUCCUGUCCCCGAUUCCGACUGUCCGUCUCACAAGAAUACGGGACGUAGACGCACAAAAAAUCAAACAUCAACUCGAGAAAGGAGAUUUGGUCGUGUGCCCCGAAGGAACAACAUGUAGGGAACCAUUUUUAUUAAGAUUCAGUGCACUUUUUGCAGAACUAACCAAUAGUAUUGUACCAGUGGCUAUGAAUGAUAGAGUAGGGUUUUUUCAUGCAACAACAGCUAGAGGAUGGAAAGCUAUGGAUCCAAUUUUUUUCUUUAUGAAUCCUAGACCAAUUUAUGAGGUAACGUUCUUGAAUAAAUUACCAGAAGAUGCCACGUGUUCAUCUGGGAAAAGUCCACACGAUGUUGCCAAUUAUGUCCAGAGAAUUUUGGGUGCAACAUUAGGAUUUGAGUGUACAAAUUUUACAAGAAAAGACAAGUACAGAAUUCUUGCUGGUAAUGAUGGAUUAACAAAAAAUUCCAGCACUAAUUAUGGGAUUAAGAAAUCGAUUGACACCUUCAAAAAUGUGGUAGGCACAAGAAAGAACAUGAUUAUGAGUUACUUUAUUUAAGCUAUUUUUUCUU